CGUAAAAAAAAACGAAAGACGGAACCACGGAACGGUGCGUGGUGCUUCGUUUGCUGCUCUGCUUUGAUGAGCGAAAGUGACUUGACAAAAUUCAACAUCAUCGACAGAGUUUCUUCCUUUUUCGCUAGCAAAACUGCCGCUUGAUUCACGGGAAAAGCAGUGCAAAAUUGAACGCGUUUUGUGCGAAAGAAAACAACAAAGUGAUAAAUUUCCGGUUGCGCGUCGCUGAGCGAGGACAAACGAAGAAAAAUCGAUUCGUGGCUGCUUUCUGUGUACGACGAAGCAAAUAGCAGCAACAAGAAGAAAACGUCGUCUGGCUACUACGACGAAAAUAAAAAAAAAAAAUCGCUAAAGAUUAGUGACGUUUUCCAUACUGUGGCCAAGUGUUCCGUUGUCUGUCGACGGUAAUUGCGGAGAAGAGAAAACUCAAAAGAAAAAUUUAACUUCGUGGGUCGAUCGGCGGGCGACUGAACUUUGUGUACGAGUGUUUGCCAUUUUAGCAAAACAAAGGCUUUUGUGUCGGUUUCAUCGGGUCCCAUUGGAGGAGGCAGGCAAAACGGCUUCAAAAGUGGAAAUCCAUCAAGCGAAGAGGAAGCAAUCCGAAAUGGAGCUCACACCGGAAGAGAUUCGCGCCAGGCGUUUGCGGAAGUUGGAAACGGGAACUACCACCGGUGGUGGAGGUGGCAGAUUGCUUGCUGGAGCAGGAGCGACGACGGCCGUCGGAUCCUUGGACGGUCAGCAACAACAACAUCAGCAGGAUAGUUCGAUGACUGAGGGCGAGGACACUGCUGUAACGUCUUCCGGCCAAGGAGAGUCAACUGUAACAAUUAACUCAGUGGAUAUAAAGCCAUUGGAGUCACCUACAAAAUGUGGUUUUGGUGAGAUUCCUUCGAACGGCAACAACACUAUAACAAAUAACGAUUCUCCUAUCAAGAUGGAUGAGGAUCUUCCUACCGCAAGUAAUGAUAUUGAUUCAUCUUCCCCGAUUAUCGAAGAUUCUCCAGCAAAGAUUGAAGAUAAAAAGCGAGACGAAGCCGCCACACGUGAAGAACUGCAGCAGAUCGUGUUCCGCAUUAUGAAUAUCAACAGUCAGAUUCGCUAUUCAGAAGCCCGCUUCACUAUCGAUCCGGCCGUACUUGCCAAUGCAUUGGAAGCAUUGGACGCCAAAAAUUAUCGCGAAUUCUGCGCCGAAAUUUUCAUCGAAGUCGUCAAGGAGUUCUACGAGGGCAAGCUGAUUCAGUCGGGCGAUGGAAGCACCAGUGGAACAUUCUCCGAUAACUGGAAUAGCAUUCCACCGAAAAAAGUGAAACCGAUUGACAUCGAGGAAGUCCUAGAAAAAAGCGGUGGUAGUACCGCAAUGGAAAUUGACGCCGACAUCAGAUUAUGCACGUCUAAACCCAGCAUGAAAUCAUUCAGCUCGAAUCGCGUUGCUGCACUAGAUUAUCUCAUCAACUGCUACUGCCGUGCCAACGACGAAGUGUACAGCUAUACCAAAAUUAAAAAGAGUAAAAAAAUGUAUCUGGCGGAAAUUUUGCCCGACGUGGCGGCGGUUAUACGGCAGCAGACACUAAAGUACGCCAUUCUGUUAACCAAGAAUCGCUUCCAGAACUUCGCCCAAAUCGAUAAUCCGGCCAAGUUAAUUCUGGAAAAAUCACCACUGUUGCAGUUGAUGUAUGAGAAUAAGGUUCCUUCGGAUUUUCUAGCUAGUUUGAUGGGAGAGGCUCGUAAGAAUGAGGCGGAUUUCGAUGCAAUCUUCACCAUAGUUCUCGAUGAUUUAUACGUCGACAUGCAGAACACGAUAUGCAACGAGAAUAUCGUUUCGGACCCGCUCAAUCGACUGAAGGAGCUUGUUGAAAUCAAGGUGGAAAAUACGAAUCCGAUCUGCAAAUUGAUCGUGAAACAUGUUGUGUUCCUGCCAAGACUGACCCUGGACAAGUACGCGGCCAGGGAAAUUUCUAAGGUGUCCUUUCUGGCACCAUUUCUAUCGCUGUCGGUUCUUUUAGAUGAAAAUCCCAAAUUUGCCACGCACCACUUUUUAGAGAAUGUUUGCGAUAGGACGCUGGCUAGUUCCUUCCAGACGCUUCUGGGGAAUACCAGAAAAGUACUGCAUCAAAUUUUCCUCUCACUACUAACGAAUCUGGACAGCCGACAGGAGGUGCUCAAAUACGUUUCGGAAAUACUGAGGACCAAUCAUAAACGAAUUCAGUACAAUGCGGACGACCGGUUUCUGGCCAAAGACGGAUUUAUGCUAAACUUCAUGUCGAUUCUGCAACUACUCUCGGUAAAAAUAAAUUUAUCACGAAUAGAUCCACUUUACCCGCAUCAUCCCGAAUCAUUGAUAGACAUCGAAGACGAAACGAAGCUCAAAUAUUCUUCACAAGAGUACAACGAUUGGCUGGAAAAUCUGCGAUCGACAAAGAAGUGGGAAACGCCCAAAUUUGUCACGCACUGUUGGUUCCUAACCCUUCACGCUCAUCAUCUGGGAAUCAUCCCUGCGAUCCAACGCUACAACAAACUGCUCAGAGCUACCAAAGAGCUCCAGCGAAUGGUGGACGAACUGAAUGCCAGCAAAAGCCAAUGGGAGAACACUCCGCUUGCCCGUAGGAACAAACAGGUCCGAGAUCGUUGCGUCAACCAGAUCAAUAAACUGUCGAAGGCGAAACUUGGCUGCGACAUUGCGGUAAUCGAUCCCAAUGUGUUGGGUGCUUGCAUGCAAUUUUACUCGUCCGUGUGCGAAUACAUGCUGUAUCAGAUCGAGAAUCGGCCCAUCGAAGAUCUGUUCGUGAAUAAACAGGAACCGGCGACGCUGGUCGCGAGCGAAAACUUUUGCUCGCUGCCCGAGUGGUACAUCGAAGACAUUGCUGACUUCAUUCUGUUUUGCAUGCAGCACAGUAUUGGGGUGAUUGAUUUUGUAGACAAUUCCAUCAUAACCUGGAUUCUGACGCUGGUCUGUGCGCCUCAUCUGAUCAAAAAUCCAUACAUCACUGCCAAACUGAUCGAGGUGCUUUUUGUUACUUCACCCACGAUCCAAACGGCAUCCCAGCGUCUAUACCUGCAGAUCAUCAACCACGAUCUGGCUCAGCGAGCGCUGGUGAGUGCCCUAAUGAAGUUCUACACCGACAUCGAAACAACUGGUCAGAGCACCGAAUUCUACGACAAGUUCACCAUUCGGUAUCACAUCAGUCAUCUGUUUAAAGGUCUGUGGGAUAGUGUGGUCCAUCGACAGGCAAUCAUCAAAGAGUCUAAGAGUGGAAAACAGUUCGUUAAGUUUGUCAACUUCUUCCUUAAUGAUACCACGUAUCUGCUUGACGAAUGUCUGGAAUACUUGAAACGUAUCCACGAGACACAAGUACUGAUGAUGGAGGAUCUGGCAUGGAACGACCUCGGCCAGGAAGCACAGCAGAGUCGUCAGAGGCAGCUGGUGCAAGAUGAGCGACAGUGUCGAUCGUAUCUAACCUUGGCCCGUGAAACAGUAGACAUGUUCCACUAUCUCACGAUUGACAUCAAGGAACCCUUCCUGAGGCCAGAGCUUAUUGAUCGACUGAGUUCGAUGUUGAACUACAAUUUGCAACAACUGUGCGGUCCAAAGUGCAAUGAUUUACGUGUGCGAAAUCCCAUGAAAUAUGGCUGGGAACCACGAAGACUACUCGGUCAGCUGAUCGAUAUUUAUCUCCACUUAAGCUGUGAUGAAUUUGCCGCUGCUUUGGCUGCGGAUGAACGAUCUUUUGAAAAACACCUCUUUGAAGACGCUGCCAACCGUGUGGAAAGACUCGGUAUCCGCACUCCAGUAGAGGUGGAAGAUUUCCGAAAAUUGAUACAUCAAGCGGCGGAAAUCUACGCCCAGAAUCAGCAGAAUGCGGACGAGUUUGCCGAUGCUCCGGAUGAUUUCAAAGACCCACUGAUGGACACGCUGAUGAGCGAUCCAGUGAUACUGCCGUCCGGAACGAUAAUGGACCGUUCAAUUAUCACCAGGCAUCUACUCAACAGCAGUACCGAUCCCUUCAACCGACAACCGCUCACAGAGGACAUGCUGAUACCAGCAACGGAACUCAAGGAACGCAUUGAAAAGUGGAUCAAAGACUAUCGUGAGAAGAAAAACAAUAAGACUUGAAGUUUUUACUAAAUUACAAAUCGUGAAUGUUUUUAUUCUAAACUGGUCGAACAAUAUUUGAGGGCAGACACUCAAAACUGAAUUUAAUAUUGUAAUCCUAUACAAACUAGACAUAUUUAUAAAACAAAAUAACGCAAAAGGUCAUCCCCAAUAUCUAUGCUUUCCCCUUGCAUCGAUUGCUUACUUAUUGCCUGUUACCAAUCCAGAUGCCAACAACUAAUAGUCCUCUAUCUCUACGAAUCCCACCCCCACCACACUAGAAGCGUUCAAUCCACCUUCCCUUCCAUUCGAACAUGUUUCUGAGCUUCAACACUUCUUCUACAUUGUGUAUAUCAAAAAUGCUGUGCUGAAAGUGUUCCAAUAUGCUAACAGCUGAUUAAAAUAGAACGGAGUUAAAUUCGCCUGGCGGAGGGGGACACAAAACAAUGCCUAAUUCCCCCGUAUUCGAAUCUUUAGCGUGCGUAAGCUACAACUUUGAAAAUAAAAUUUGAGGAAAUUGUAAA